UGGGUUAUAUGGCAAAUUAGUCGAUUAGGAGUCUGUUAGUAUGAAAGGAUGCACAGAAGAGCGCGUGCGUCGAGCUAAUUUGGGUUUCUUUCUUUCUUAUAAUACUCCUCAUCUUUUCUACGCCAUCACAGUAAACUCCUUCCUAUUAGAAUAUCACCCGCUUUAUUCCUAGCCACUCCUUCCCAACAUUUUCUUCUCUUUUGUUUCCUUUUUACAUUGAAGCAUCAAGUUAAUUAUACGAAAGCCGAGUUUUUUUUUUUUAACCCGAGAAGCAAGCAAACCCCAAAAAUGAAGUUCAAUGGUAUGAAGAUCUUCAGUACUUUGACAAAGACCAAGGUAGCACCAACCCCAAGCGAGAAAAAGCAACGUUCGAAAUCCGUCGAUGUGACCAAUGAUUCGACUCUAUCGUUGCCAGAAAUCGCUCCACAAUUCAUUCCAGUCGCCAUGUCUGGUCAAGACGAAGAGCAUUUGGUGGUACGAGACUUAGAACCAGUGUGGAGUUACCAAGACCUGUCCAAAAAGGAUAAAUCCACACGAUUUGAGGAAUACAAUCAAGCUGUAUUGGAAGAUAGCUUCCAUAAAGGCAACCCAAGUAUGACGAUUCAAGAUGCCAACUUCCAGUACAGCUAUGUGACGAUUCACUUGACCACCAAUCCAAAAAUGCGAAGAAGAAAGAGCGACAGCUAUAUGAGCGAACAGCGACGACAGAAGCAAGCACGUCUAAGUCAAUGUCAUGCAAAGAAUGAAUUGGAACUAGGUGUCAAUGUCCAUAGGACUAUUGUCCCUGUGUGGAGAUUCUCGUACGGCAAACGCUGGAUUCGAUUUGAUAAUACCAAUCAAGUCCGAUUGGAGCUUUCCAUGAAUCGAUCCGAGAAGCUGAAUUUGAUUGACAUGGCAUUCCCCCACGAUACCCUCAGCAUUACCUUCAAGGGCAUCCCGGAAAGCGAUGUCAUUGGCACCAUGGAAAUACAGCACGCGCACGAUGAGAAAGAAGGUGCCGACGAACCUGAAGCCAACGAAGCAGGUGAACAGGGUGAAGCUGGCGAUGCUGUCGAAGCAGAAACGCCUAUCUUCGCCGACAUGAAGAAUAGCCAUAAGAUCGAGUGGGACUACGACAAAUUAAUGACAGAGAAGGCCAUGCCUGCCAAGAAAGAAGGUGGACUGUUUGAAAUGCUACUGGAUAUGAGCUCAGAUUCAGCUAUUCACACCUUCUUGUGGCCACAAGCUAUUGAUAAAUCAUAAGCUGGAAAACUGAGCUUUAACAUACAACGUGCAUCCAUCCCCACAACGAUCAUAUCAUUUCAACAACCACUUGCACUUUUUUUUUUUCAUAUAUUAUAUUUGAUUUGCAGCCUUUUUCACUUUUACCCUCUCUGUUCCAUUAAUCUCGCUCCAUUACCCUUCCCAUUCCUUUACAUAUUAAAACUAAUUUAAUGAUCAGUGAUAGCU